AUGCCUUCCCUCAGCACAGACGCAGCCCUAGACUUUCACAUCGUGGGAGGUCAUGCAGAAUCCCGCACUCGGUUGAGCCAGCCGUUGGUCUAUUCCGGUACUCUGGAUGGCUUCCAGCAAAAUGAUAUUACGCCCGUGAUUGGUCGCGAGUACUUUGGCCUGCAGGUUCGCGAUCUGCUUGCAUGGGAUGAUCAGCACAUCAAGGAUCUUGCCGUGACGAUCUCUUCAAGAGGUGUCGUCUUUCUGCGUGACCAGGAUGUAACACCCAUCGAGAUGAAGGAUUUCAUGAUCCGACUGUCUACCCUGGCCGGAUCCCCGUCGUCCUCCGGCCUGCACAUCCACCCCCUGACCGAAGAGGGUAGUGAGCUAGGUGACCAGAUCUCUGUCAUCUCAAGCGAAAAGCAAAAGAAGGGAGGCGGUCUUACACACGUCCUGAGCGAUGUCAGCCGCUUUGCAUCAACUGGAUGGCACAGCGACAUUACCUUUGAAAAGGUCCCGUCCGACUAUGCCAUGCUCAAGAUCCACACACUGCCCAAGACAGGUGGUGACACGCUCUGGGCAUCUGGUUACGAAAUUUACGACCGCCUCUCAGAGCCAAUGAAGAAGUUUUUGGAAGGCCUUACCGCUACACACGAUGCCAACUUCUUCCACGACGAGGCCGAGAGACUUGGUAACCCUCUGCGAAAGGGCAUUCGUGGCUCGCCUCUGAACGAAGGCAGCGACCUCAAGGCCGUGCAUCCCAUCAUCAGAACCAACCCCGUCACGGGAUGGAAGAGUGUAUUCGUCAACAAGGGCUUCACCAAGCGAAUCAAUGGUGUGACCAAGGACGAGUCAGAUGUGCUACUUGCCUAUCUCUUGAACCUCGUCACACAGAACCACGAUGCUCAAGUGCGCUUCAAGUGGAAUAAGAACGACCUGGCUAUCUGGGACAACAGGGCAACCUUUCACUGCGCAACAUAUGACUAUGAAGCAGCUCGAGCUGGAGACCGAGUGUGCAGUCUGGGUGAAGCACCAUAUCUUGACCUUGAGAGCAUGAGCCGCAGGACCGCGCUCAAUGAGUAA